UUGAUGUCAUCCUGAGCAGCUGGGCGGCGGGUGCCGGUGCGCACAGAGCAGGGGCUCCCACUGCGCCGCGCCGCGCCGGAUCCGAGUCCCACCACUCAGCGGAGGUUCGCGCACUGCUGGGGCCAGCCCAGAGCCUUCCGUGCGCCCGGCCUCGACCCGGGGCUAAGCUCGGGGCAUGCUCCAGCCCCCUCCCCGGAACCCGGGAGAGAACCCAGGAGCGCCGCCGCCCAGCCCCAGCGCCCCGAGCGGAACCGCUGCGAAGGAGUCCUGAACGAACGCCCCCGGGGGUCAGCGACCAAAGUCUGGGUUUCUGAGAAAGCCAGGGUGGGAGCUCUAACUGGAUUCUUCUGGACCCUCCGGAAGGACCUUAGGCCUGAGCCAGCCUCCUUUCUACCCUGCCUGCCCCCCAGGACUGGAAAGUCAUCAAAGGCCCUGGGGGGGGGCCCCAGGACUGUGGUUGUGCCCCCCCCCAAUGCCCCGACAGGAUGGGCCCGAGUUAGUCCACCCCGCCUCACCCAGCAUCCUCCAAGCCCAGAGGGAACCUCUGGGUCUCUGAAAGCUUGAUCUGCCGCCUGUCUGCCAUGGAGACGAAGCUGCCUCCUGCGAGCACCCCUACCAGCCCCUCCUCCCCGGGGCUGUCGCCUGUGCCCCCACCCGACAAGGUGGAUGGCUUCUCCCGCCGUUCCCUCCGCAGGGCCCGGCCCAGGCGCUCCCACAGCUCCUCUCAGUUCCGCUAUCAGAGCAACCAGCAAGAGCUCACGCCACUGCCCCUGCUCAAAGAUGUGCCAGCCUCUGAGCUGCAUGAGCUGCUGAGCCGGAAGCUGGCCCAGUGUGGGGUGAUGUUUGACUUCUUGGACUGUGUGGCUGACCUAAAGGGGAAGGAGGUGAAGCGAGCAGCACUCAAUGAGCUGGUGGAAUGUGUGGGGAGCACCCGGGGCGUCCUGAUCGAGCCUGUCUACCCAGACAUCAUCCGCAUGAUCUCAGUGAAUAUCUUCCGGACCCUGCCACCCAGUGAGAACCCUGAAUUUGAUCCUGAAGAGGAUGAACCCAACCUUGAGCCUUCGUGGCCCCAUCUGCAGCUGGUAUAUGAGUUUUUCCUGCGUUUCUUGGAGAGCCCAGACUUCCAGCCCUCUGUGGCCAAGAGAUAUGUGGAUCAAAAGUUUGUCCUGAUGCUCCUGGAGCUAUUUGAUAGCGAGGACCCCCGAGAGCGUGAGUACCUCAAGACCAUCCUGCACCGAGUCUAUGGCAAGUUCCUGGGUCUCCGGGCCUAUAUUCGCAAACAGUGCAAUCACAUCUUCCUCCGUUUCAUCUAUGAAUACGAGCACUUCAAUGGUGUGGCUGAGCUGCUGGAGAUCUUAGGAAGCAUCAUAAAUGGCUUUGCGCUGCCCCUGAAGACUGAGCACAAGCAGUUCCUGGUUCGUGUCCUGAUUCCCCUACACUCAGUCAAGUCACUGUCUGUCUUUCAUGCCCAGCUGGCAUACUGUGUGGUGCAGUUCCUGGAGAAGGAUGCCACCUUGACAGAGCACGUGAUCCGGGGGCUGCUCAAAUACUGGCCAAAAACCUGCACACAGAAGGAGGUGAUGUUUCUGGGGGAGAUGGAAGAGAUUCUUGAUGUCAUCGAGCCUUCCCAGUUUGUGAAGAUCCAGGAGCCCCUCUUCAAGCAGGUGGCUCGCUGUGUUUCCAGCCCCCAUUUCCAGGUUGCAGAGCGGGCUCUGUAUUUCUGGAACAAUGAGUAUAUCCUGAGCCUCAUUGAGGACAACUGCCACACUGUGCUGCCUGCUGUGUUUGGGACCCUCUAUCAAGUCUCCAAGGAGCACUGGAAUCAAACCAUCGUAUCUCUGAUCUACAAUGUGCUCAAGACCUUCAUGGAGAUGAAUGGAAAGCUGUUUGAUGAGCUCACAGCCUCCUACAAGCUGGAAAAGCAGCAGGAGCAGCAGAAGGCCCGGGAGCGUCAAGAGCUAUGGCAAGGCCUGGAGGAACUGCGGCUACGCCGACUACAGGGGACCCAGGGGGCCAGGGAGGCCCCCCUCCAGCGGCUUACACCCCAGGUGGCCACCAGUGGGGGUCAGAGCUAGAGAGCCUCCCAGAAAGGGAAAAGCUGAACCCAGAGCUAUCAGUCCCUCCAUCCCUCCUCCUGCCCAGGGGCCCAGAGAGAUACACGCUUAUCCCUGGCCUUGCCAGAGUGGGCUCUGAGGACUCCCUGCCCAGUCCAGCGUGGGCAGUUUUUACCAGGGGGCAGACGAGGAGAGGAGAGGUGGUCUUGGCAACAGAACUCUCAGGCCCGCAUGGCAGGACUUGACCAGGGCAAGCUUGACCAGGAAGCUGCCAUCAGGGAUCUUCCCCUGCCUCAGGCCAGCACGACAUCCUUUCUCAUCCCCACCGUGGGGGUCCAUGGUCUAUUUAUUCUCGCCCUGCUUACCCUCAAUACAGACACUGUCCUGGGCCUGGGGCAUCUUCCUUCCCUCCCCUCCCUUGCCCUAUACUUCCUUGUCCCCUCUUUAUUUAUUGGGCAGGGGGAGGGGUGAGGGCACAAACAAGAACAGAUUCACAGUGUCCUGGGGUAAGGGGGGGGCGGGUCACAGUAAUCAUUGCCUAUCUCCCUUC